UAAAGUGAUUUGACACUCAAUAUCAUGUAAGGGCUGUGUUUAUUCUGCAGGUGUCAGUGGAGUGACUGUAUUGACUCAGAGUCCAUUAAUCACAGUCAGUAAAGGAGAAACAGCUCAACUGGACUGACAGUAACUGAUCAUGUUGCUGGAUGGUACAAAAAGACUCCAGCAGGAGUUCCUCAGUUUGUGUUAAUGCUUGGUUAUAGCUGGAGCUCACCUACAUAUGGAUCUGGUUUCUCUGCUCCUAAAUUCACAUCAACACAUUCAUCUAAAUCAGAUUAUAGUCUGAUCAUCAGUAAUGUGGAUGUGGAUGAUUCUGCAGUGUAUUAUUGUAAGACAUGGGACAGCUCUGUUAGUGAGUACAUGUUCGGCCAAGGAACAAAACUCAAUGUGAUCGACUUCCCUCUCACUCCUCCUGUUCUGACUAUCUUGUCUCCGUCCACUGAGGCUCUGAAGGAGAGUAAAGCUACACUCGUGUGUCUGGCUGAGGAUAUUUCAGUAGCUCUGUGGUGCACGUCACCUGGUCAGUCAAUGGUCGCUCCGUUACAGAUGGAGUUUGGAGCAGUCCUACUGAGAAACAGCAAGACAAAACCUUCAAAAUGAGCAGCUAUCUGACCAUUGAGUCGUCUGACUGGAUGGAUAAUGCAGAUUUCUCAUGUGAAGUGUC